UAUUAAUGACAGACGGAGAUGAAGUUGCUGGGACUGGGAGCUUGUGCUAUUCUAUAGCUUUCUCGGAAAGUGCGAGAAAGAGAGGCAGGAAUUUUGCUGCUCUGCAUAAUCUAUGCAACCGUGGAUCGAGCUCAACGCUUCGAUUUCAAAAUUAUUGUUCAUUAACACCAAAAAUUAUUAUGAACUGGUUUGAUAAGCUUCGUUCUUCUUCCAAUCUCAGCCGCUUCAUUGCCGGCCUUUUAAUCUUUAUUCUCUACCAUUCUUUCCAGUUAAUUUCUAAUUUCUUGAUUCCUAUACACCCUUAAUUUCAAUUUCAAUCUUCCCAAUUUUCAUCGUCACACCCACAUCAACGCUAUCAAUCAAUCAAUCGAUCAAGCAAGCAAGCAAGCAAUUUCUUCUUCUGUUCCUUUUUAAUCGAUUUCAAUUUCUCUGCAUCUUCUCUCUCUCUCUCUCUCUCUCUCUCUCUCUCUCUCUCUCUAUCAAAUGGAUGCAAACAUCUCGUCUCUACACAAUCUGUUGCUCGACGGCACUUUUGCUUCACACAUUGAGAGGAAAAACAGUUCAAUACCUACUGUCAUUGUGAUUGGUGGUGGUAUUUCCGGGCUUGCUGCUGCACGAAUCCUCCAUGAUGCAUCUUUCAAGGUAAUCUUGCUAGAGUCACGGGAUAGACUUGGUGGCCGUAUUCAUACUGACUAUUCAUUUGGUUAUCCAGUGGAUUUGGGAGCAUCAUGGCUACAUGGCGUCUGCAAUGAGAAUCCUUUGGCUCCAUUCAUACGCUCUUUGGGGCUCACACUAUACAGGACAAGUGGUGAUGACUCAGUAUUGUAUGACCAUGAUCUAGAAAGUUAUACUCUUUUUGAUAUGGAUGGACAUCAAGUUCCACAAAGGCUGGUCAAAGAAGUUGGAGAUAUAUUCAAGAAGAUUCUCAAAGAGACAGAGAGAGUAAGAGAUGAACACGCAUAUGACAUGUCGAUUCUCCAAGCAAUUGAGUUUGUGUUAGAUAGGCAUCCAGAAUUAAGGCAAGAAGGACUUGCAUGUGAAGUGUUGCAAUGGUACAUAUGUAGAAUGGAAGCUUGGUUUGCAGUAGAUGCAGAUAUGAUAUCGCUGAAAACAUGGGAUCAGGAGCAUGUUCUUUCUGGUGGUCAUGGACUUAUGGUACAAGGUUAUGAUCCUAUAAUAAAGGCUCUUGCAAAAGACAUUGACAUACGCUUGAAUCACAGAGUUACAAAAAUAUGCUAUGGGCCUAAUAAGGCAAUGGUCGUAGUUGAGGGCGGAAGGAACUUUAUAGCUGAUGCUGCUAUAGUUACAGUACCACUUGGGAUUCUUAAAGCCAAUUUAAUUCAGUUUGAACCCAAGUUGCCAGAAUGGAAGGUUGCUUCAAUUUCAGAUAUUGGUGUUGGCAGUGAAAAUAAGGUUGCAUUACAAUUUGAUAAAGUAUUUUGGCCAAAUGUGGAAUUCUUGGGCAUUGUUGCACCCACAUCUUAUGCUUGUGGUUAUUUUCUCAAUCUUCACAAGGCAACUGGCCAUCCUGUACUUGUCUAUAUGGCCGCUGGUAGGUUUGCAUGUGAUCUUGAGAAGCUAUCUGACGAGUCUUCUGCAAAUUUUGUGAUGUUACAGCUGAAGAAAAUGUUUCCUGAUGCAACAGAGCCUGUUCGAUAUCUCGUAUCGCGAUGGGGAACAGAUCCAAACUCACUUGGUUGUUAUGCAUACGAUGUGGUCGGAAAGCCAGAAGAUGUCUAUGAGAGGCUUCGUGCACCCUUGGGAAAUCUUUUCUUUGGAGGGGAAGCCGUUAGCAUGGAGCACCAGGGUUCUGUCCAUGGAGCUUACUCAGCUGGUGUCAUGGCCGCUGAGAACUGUCAGAGGCAUGUAUUAGAGGGACUUGGUAACCUAGAGAAACUCCAGCUAGUCCCUUUAAGGUGUGAAAUUCAUGAAUCUGCAUUUCCCCUCCAAAUCUCGAGGAUGUAAUUUUUUUCAUUCAGUGAAGUAUGAAUUGGAUUUUUAUGGACUUUUCUUAAUUUCUGAAAUUCAAGUUUCCCUUAAAAAGUUAAUUUUAUUUA